ACCUUUGAGGGAAUCCGUAAAACCUCGUGAGACUCUCAGCUCUCGGGGAAGCUGUCAUGGCCGCGCCGAUAUGUGGACGCGGGAUUCUACCCUAAGGAAAACCACAGCACGUUUUCUUUUUCACUAGUAGAAGUGACGUUGGUUUCAUAUUGACAACUUUAAAACUUUUUGGAAGUGUUUCAGUGGAGAGCAAAAUGAGGAACAAAGCAGGCUCCUUGUUCUGGAACCUUAAACAAUUCAGGACUUUAGUUCUAACAAGCAGAACUAUGAGGCUAUAUCCUUUGGGACUUUGCAAACCAAAAAUAGUUUAUUCAGACUGGAACACUUUAAAUGACUUUUGUAAGAGAAUGCAAUCAUCUGGUAUCAUUAGAUAUCUCUUUCAAGAUGCAUUCAUUUUAAAAUCAGAUGUUGGCUUUCAAAAAAAGGGCAUAAGCACUGUAACAGCCCUUAGAAUUGACAGACUACUUUGUGCUAGAAGAUUGUCUUUUGACUCAAAGCAGUCUCUUGUCUCUGUUGAUAAAUCCAAUGAUGGCUUGAAGAAAGUAAACUUUCAUCAUGAAGUCUCCAAUGAAGAUGUUCUUAACAACAAAACAAAACCAAAUCGUAUCAGCAAUAGCACACUGUCUCAGGAAUGUAAUUCCUUUAGUGAUGUGUUAGAUACAUUUUCAAAAGCACCUACAUUUCCUAGUAGCAACUAUUUCACAGCAAUGUGGACAAUUGCCAAAAGACUGUCUGACGAACAGAAGCGCUUUGAAAAACAACUGAUGUUUAGCCACCCUGCGUUUAAUCAGCUCUGUGAACAUACGAUGAGAGAAGCCAAGAUCAUGCAAUAUAAGUACCUGCUGUUCAGUCUUCAUGCCAUAGUGAAGCUUGGAAUCCCUCAGAACACUCUUUUGGUACAGACUUUGCUGAGGGUGACCCAGGAACGUAUCAAUGAGUGUGAUGACGUGUGCCUUUCAGUUUUGUCAACUGUUUUAGAGGCAAUGGAGCCAUGCAGGAAUGUUCAUGUUCUACAAGCAGGAUUCAGAAUACUAGUUGAUCAGCAAGUUUGGAAAAUAGAAGAUGUCUUAACGUUACAAGCUGUGAUGAAAUGUAUUGGAAAAGAUGCACCGAAUGCUCUUAAGAGGAAACUGGAGAUGAAAGCCUUGAAGGAAUUAGACAGAUUUUCUGUUGUGAAUAGCCAGCACAUGUUUGAGGUACUAGCUGCCAUGAAUCAUCGAUCUCUUAUACUCCUGAAUGAAUGCAGUAAGAUGGUCCUAGGUAAUAUCCACGGGUGUCCUUUAAAAAUAAUGAUCAACAUAUUGCAGUCCUGCAAAGACCUCCGAUACUAUAAUUUAGAUCUCUUCAAGGGACUAGCGGAUUAUGUGGCUACAACUUUUGACAUCUGGAAGUUCAAAAAAGUUCUUUUUCUUCUCGUUUCAUUUGAAAACCUUGGUUUUCAACCUGUUGAUUUAAUGGAUCUGUUUAUGAAGAGAAUAGUAGAGGAACCUGAAUCCCUAAACAUGAAAAGCAUUAUAUCUAUUCUUCAUGUUUAUUCUACUCUCAAUCAUGUCUACAAAUGCCAGAACAAAGAACAGUUCCUAGAAGUUAUGGCUAGUGCUCUGACUGGUUAUCUUCACUGUAUUUCUUCUAAAAACUUACUGGAUGCAGUGUAUUCAUUUUGCUUAAUGAAUUACUUUCCUCUGGCUCCUAUUAAUCAUCUUCUCCAAAAAAAUGUCCUCAGUGAGCUGCUGACAUCAGAUGACAUGGGAAAGAAUGUCCACAAGCUGCAUAUUUUGGAUACUUGUCUAAAACUUGAUGAUAUUGUUUAUCACAAGGACAUAGACUUGUCACUCCCACAGCUUCCACAGGAGCCACCAUCACUUCCAAACGCAAAGGUGGCAGAGGUGCUGAGCAGCCUUCUGGGAGGUGAAGGACACUUCUCAAAAAAUGUGUACUUGCCACCCAAUUAUCAUAUUGAUUUUGAAAUCAGAAUGGACACUAACAGGAAUCAAGUGCUUUCACUUUCUGAUGUGGAUACAACUUCUGUUACAGAUAUUCAAAGAGUAGCUGUGCUGUGUGUUCCUAAAUCUGCUUAUUGUUUGGGUUCAAGCCAUCCCAGAGGAUUCCUUGCUAUGAAAAUGCGGCAUUUGAAUGCAAUGGGUUUUCGUGUGAUCUUGGUCAAUAACUGGGAGAUGGACAGACUAGAGAUGGAAGAUGCAGUCACAUUUUUGAAGACCAAAAUCUAUUCAGUAGAAGCUCUUCCUGCUGCUGCUGUAAAUUUGCAAAGCACAUAAUAAAAUGAAAAUCAACCUUUUUGUAUUAGAAGACAUGCAUUUGUAAAAAUUAAUAAAGACCACUAUCCAGUUGUCAAUGGAAUUAACCUAUCUGUUCGCUAAGACAAAAAAAAUGUUAGUGCACUAUUAAAAUUAAUGUUAAGAAUGGAAGAAAUGUUACUGCCAUUUUAAAAUAUGCUGAGAAAAUUCCAGAAGGGUUAUUUUUCCAACCACACCUAUUCCCUCUAGUGCCCAGAUGGUUGAGAAAUUUGUGAGCUGUGCAUUUCACCUUUUCAUCUUUGAUCUAUUAAAAACUGGUUUCUCAGUUGUUAGGGGUCACAGGCAGGUUGAUGUGGGUAGUCCUUGUGUUUGGAAUCUGAAUAUUUAUACUGCUAUAAGCUAUUCUAAGAUUUGGGGUUAUGCCUUUAAAUCAUUUUCAAGCAUUGGCUAGAUAAUAAUUGGACCAGGUUCUAACAUUGUCAAGUGUGUAAGAAUUAGUGAGGUGGCCUGUUGAAAAUGGGUGAGGAUGGCAUUUGCAUUUGUAAUAAGCACUGCAGGUGUAGAUGUUUCAUGGGUUAUAAGAGAGUCACAGAUGAGGUAAUAUGUAGAUGGCAAGGAGUCCAAAAUUUUUAACACCGACAGGCCAUGAGUUGCUAAUACCCUAAAGUCUUGCUGUUUUUGGGUCCUUCCUUUCUCUUCCUUUUUUCCCCCUCACCCCUCCCACAAUUCAUGAAGUCUUUUAAAUUAAAUGUAUAGCUGAAUUGUGAAUCAGA